AUGUUCGUCCAGCGCUCCGCCAUCGCCGCAGCACGAAGAGUGGCCCCGCGCGCCCUCGCUCAGCGCACCUUCACCACCAGCUUUGUCCGCCGCGAUGCGGGAGACAAGUCCACUCCGGAUAAGUACGCAAGUGCUCCCCCGAGCCUCCUCCGCGGUUUCAAGAAGCUAGAUGAAAUCAAAACCGAAGCCGAUCUCCUGCCCCCCGGAGCCGAACCCGGUACCGUCCCCACGGACGCCGAACAAGCCACUGGUCUCGAGCGUCUUGAAAUCCUCGGAAAAAUGCAGGGUGUGGAUAUCUUUGACAUGAGGCCUCUAGAUGCCAGCCGUGUCGGCACCAUGGCAGACCCCAUCAUCGUUAACUCUGCAGGCAAUGAGCAGUAUGUCGGCUGCACUGGUUGCCCUGCCGACUCGCACAAUGUCCUGUGGAUCACGCUUACACGCGAUGAGCCCAAGUCUCGCUGCAUGGAGUGUGGCUCCGUUUACGAGAUGCAUUAUGUGGGCCCUCCUGAUGAUGCUCACUCUGACCACCAUGCUCACCACGAAAACCCGUACCCCAAGCCAAAGAACAUGGCCGAUUUCCUUAAGCCCGAGUACUUGGAGAGGUAA